CGGGUCGGACCAGAGCGCUGCGCCGGGCGGAGACCGCGAGCUACGUGAGGCAGGCGGUUCCGUUAGCUCCCGCGUUCAAGCUGCCCUCGAGCGGGCGCCCGGCUGCAGCCCGCAGCGGAGGCGCGUCCGCCGCGCGCCCCGACGGCGCCCGCCCGCCCGCCUGCCCGCUGAUGCUGGAGUGAGCGCUGCGGUGGCGGGAUGCUGGCGCUGCUGGCCGCCGGCGUGGCGCUCGCCGUGGCCGCCGGCGCCCAAGACGGCCCGGCGCCCGGCAGCCGCUUCGUGUGCACGGCGCUGCCCCCGGAAGCGGCGCGCGCCGGCUGCCCGUUGCCCGCGAUGCCCAUGCAGGGCGGCGCGCUGAGCCCCGAGGAGGAGCUGCGGGCCGCGGUGCUGCAGCUGCGCGAGACCGUCGUGCAGCAGAAGGAGACGCUGGGCGCGCAGCGCGAGGCCAUCCGUGAGCUCACGGGCAAGCUGGCGCGCUGCGAGGGGUUGGCGGGCGGCAAGGCGCAGGGCCCGGCAGCUACGGGCAAGGACACUAUGGGCGAUCUGCCCCGGGACCCCGGCCACGUCGUGGAGCAGCUCAGCCGCUCGCUGCAGACCCUCAAGGACCGCCUGGAGAGCCUCGAGCACCAGCUCCGAGUGAACGUGUCCAACGCAGUGCUGCCCAGCGACUUUCGAGAGGUGCUCCAGCAGCGACUGGGGGAGCUGGAGAGGCAGCUACUGAGCAAAGUGGCAGAGCUGGAGGAUGAGAAGUCCCUGCUCCACAAUGAGACCUCGGCUCACCGGCAGAAGACCGAGACUGCCCUGAACGCUCUGCUGCAGAGGGUGACUGAGCUGGAGCGAGGCAACAGUGCGUUCAAGUCUCCCGAUGCGUUCAAAGUGUCCCUCCCGCUCCGCACAAACUACCUGUAUGGCAAGAUCAAGAAGACACUGCCUGAACUCUACGCCUUCACCAUCUGCCUGUGGCUGCGAUCCAGCGCCUUGCCGGGCAUCGGCACCCCGUUCUCUUACGCGGUACCCGGGCAGGCCAACGAGAUCGUGCUGAUAGAGUGGGGCAACAACCCCAUCGAGCUGCUCAUCAACGACAAGGUUGCCCAACUGCCCCUGUUUGUCAGUGACGGCAAGUGGCACCAUAUCUGUAUCACUUGGACGACGCGGGAUGGCAUGUGGGAAGCUUUCCAGGAUGGGGAGAAACUCGGCACUGGGGAAAACCUGGCCCCCUGGCACCCCAUCAAGCCAGGGGGUGUGCUGAUCCUUGGGCAGGAACAGCUGGCAUCCCUUCCCGAAGGCCGUUCACGGUCCAGGAGAAUUAGCGGGUGUGUCUGCUUUUUGAACCUGCGCCGAUGUGGUUCUGCUCCCCCGCGCCUUCCCAGGACACCGUUGGGGGCAGGUUCGAUGCCACGCAGGCAUUCGUGGGGGAGCUCAGCCAGUUCAACAUAUGGGACCGCGUCCUUCGUGCGCAAGAAAUUAUCAACAUUGCCAACUGCUCCACGAACAUGCCCGGCAACAUCGUACCCUGGGUGGACAACAACGUCGAUGUGUUUGGAGGGGCUUCAAAGUGGCCCGUGGAGACCUGUGAGGAGCGUCUCCUUGACUUGUAGCUGCCUCCUGCUCUGUCUAGGAGGCCAGGGCUGGGCUGUUCCUGUCGGAAGUGCAAGGCCACCUCCUCCCCCAGCUAAACUGUGUAAAAGCCCCUGCCAGAAUGGGCUGGGGCCCCCAAAGCUCAUUCCCAGGGACUCUUGGAAGGCCGAGGCUCUGUAGCAGCCCUUGUCACUGGAUUCUUUGUUCUUUACCAGUAUUGUGUUGUUUUGAGGGGGGAAGAAGCCCUGAGCUUGCAGGUGGGCAAAUCUGACUUCCGGCUGGGGACGGGGGGAUUAAGGCCCUUGAGGCCCCGUGCAGAGCACACCGCAGCCUUGCCCACCCUCUUGGAUCCUCGAUGUCCCGUGUGCACCUUCUGUCUGUCCCCUUUAAAGGCUGUGCGGCCAUCCUGCUGGAGUAUCUGUGUCCCUUGUGUAUUGAGUAUACCCUGCUGUCCCCUGAGCACGCAGCAAAGCAGCCCCCGCCGCUCACAGAAGGGCCUUUCUCUUGGUGUUCUUUACUAUGCUCUGAGGAACUCUUCAGCUCGACGAGGGGGGCAGGCUGCCCAGACCACACCCUGCCUUCUCCAAGAUGGAGGGGGCAUCCGGGCCUCCAGAGGGGGCUGGGAGCGGGACCGCAGAAGGGAGUUCUGGAGGAGGGCUGUGGCAGCUGAGCCUCCCCCUCUGUCACCUCUCCCUCCGAUCGAUGCUUUGAUGGACUCGUCGCUGGGAAUGGCUUCUUUGCAAAGCCUCCUUUCUCCACCGGUGCCAAAAGUUCAGUUGCAGCUUCUCCAACCAUUUGGUAUGGUCAGGGGGGAUUUAUUUUUUCCCAACAGAGAAGAACAGCCAUUAGCAGCCUUCCAUUUUUGAUGUCUCGCCCCACUGUGAGGAAUGUGCUAGUUUUAAUCCAUGUUGAUUACUGUAAGCGUUUGACUGUCUCAAGUAUUUCCCCCAGAACUUUUUCAGGAAAUGGAAGUCAUUUGGCUGAUAUUUGCUCAGUGACUCCAGGUUGCUUAAUUUAUUGGACAGAGGUAGUAACUUAUUUUAAGGAGAGUGAUGAAGUGGGGAAAUUUAUAAAGCUAAAUAUUAUAUAUUUUAUUUUUCAUACAUGUUUGAAGUGCAAAUCUGUGGAAAUUCCAUUUGUAGGACCAAGUUGACAUGCCCAUCCUAACACUGUAUGCUACAAGAACUCUUAUGAUGACGGAAUUUUGAUUAAAGUGCACUGGAA